AUACGGGAAUUAUCGGUAAUUAUAACCGGGGCAACUGGCUGAGCCGGUGUGAUCGAGAUCAACGGCCAGGAUUGGUCUUCGAUCCUCGGCGACUUUUUUAGCAUCUUUGCAGCUUCAGACGAACCCGCGUCUUUGCUAAUACAGAGCCAGUUUAGUCCAUCUUCAAAGUUCACCCCCCCACCCCUCUCAUGGCUUCUCUCUCCUCUUCUUCUGAGCUAGGGUUUCUGUGAGGUACGUAUUUGCAUAUGGUAUUUGCUUCAUUGAAUGCAAAGCAAAGCAUAUUACGUGCCUCGACAGUUUAUGUGAUCGUUCUCAUAUGCAUGUUUGAAAUUCAUAUUGACUAUUGACGACUUCAUUUGAAAAAAAAAAGGAAUUGAUUAGUUGAAAUCUGAUAUCGCUAUCUGAUUGUUUCUCCAGCUCGUUUGAUGCUAGUUUUGGUUGUGCGUGAAGCAUUUACUAGCAGUUAGAUUGGGAAGCUGGAUUUUGGGGUGUUGUGAUUCGCGUUCUUUGGAUGUGUAUGAACUAGGAGCCCUUUUUCGGCGGCUCGGGGAAAGUAGAGUUUGAAAAUUUGAAUUUUGGAUUGGCGAGGGUUUACUUUUUGGGGGUUUAAGUUUUGAAUAAUAUAGGGUGACUUCCCUGUUAGAUUAAUCGCUGUUUUGCAAUGGAUCCACGCCUUGGACGACACGCUGGUUCCAUUAAUGGAAUCCUUUUAGGUAAUGGUUCUUUUGCAGUCCAAUCACAAGAGAACGCUGUAGGCAGGCCUGGAUUUCAGAAUACCAUUUUGAGUCGCAACUUUCAAGAAUUUCGUUGCCUUGCCCCCGAUCCAUCACCGAGUAACAUAGCCUCAAGUUCCAGUUUUCUCACCUCGUCUUCUAAUGCGAGCCACGAGGAAGAUUAUCUGGAAGAUUGCGAUUUUUCUGAUGCUGUUUUGAGGUUCAUAAAUCAGAUUCUCAUGGAAGAAGAUAUGGAGGACAAGACUUGCAUGCUUCAAGACUCUUUGGAUCUUCAAGCCGCAGAGAAAUCAUUCUACGAUGUUCUUGGAAAAAAGUAUCCUCCUUCCCCAGAACCAAAUAGAUCUCUGGCUAUUCAAUACAGUGAUAGCUUCAAUGGAGAGCUUUGUGGAGAUAGUAGUAAUUAUCUGAAUAGUUACAAUAAUACUUCUUAUUCUGGUGAUGAUAACCCGUUUGAAACUCUAGAUGUAUUUCAAAUCAGAAGCACUUUAGGUGAUACCAUUUCUCCAUCAUCUAAUAGCUCCUCAAAUAGUAUAAUUAGUGGGGUGGAUGGGUUGGUGGACUUCUCGAAUAAUACAAUUCAAGUCCCUGAGUCUAAUAACAGAAGCCAAUCUAUUUGGCAAUUCCAAAAGGGGUUUGAAGAGGCAAGCAAAUUUUUACCUGGUGGAAACGACUUGUGCCUUGAUUUUGACGUAAAUGGGUCAGUAACUCAGGGCCCAGACGAGGGAACUAGCCAGAUAUAUGUGAAGGCAAAAAGAAAGGAUCAGAGGAAUAUUUUGUCACUUGAGUCACGAGUAAGAAAGAAUCCUCAUGAUGAGGAUGGAGAUUUGGAAGAAGAGAGAAGCAGCAAGCAAGCAGCUGUAUUUACAGAGUCGACCCUGCGAUCUAAGAUGUUUGAUAUUGUGUUGCUUUGUAGUGCAGGGGAGGGACAUGACCGGUUAGCUUCAUUUCGGCAGGAAUUACAGAAUGCAAAAAUCAGAAGCAUGAUGCAGACUGGGCAACUAAAACAAUCUAGUGGAGGUAGGGGUCGUCGGAAGAAGCAAAGUGGGAAAAAGGAGGUGGUGGAUUUGAGAACUCUUCUAAUUAGCUGUGCUCAAGCUGUUGCAGCUGAUGACCAUAGGAAUGCCACUGAGCUUCUAAAGCAGAUCAGGCAACAUGCUUCUCCUUUUGGGGAUGGAAAUCAGAGGUUGGCUAGUUGUUUUGCAGAUGGUCUGGAGGCACGCUUGGCAGGUACUGGUAGCCAGAUUUAUAAAGGUCUAAUUAAUAAAAGAACAUCUGCGGCUGAUGUAUUGAAAGCUUACCACCUGUACCUUGCUGCAUGCCCAUUUAGGAAGAUCUCUAAUUUUACUUCAAACAGGACGAUAAUGAAUGCUGCAGAGAAUGCAACUAGGCUUCAUGUCAUAGAUUUUGGUAUCCUGUACGGUUUCCAGUGGCCUACUUUAAUACAGAGACUAUCGUGGAGAAAAGGAGGACCUCCAAAGCUUCGAAUUACUGGAAUAGAAUUUCCCCAGCCUGGAUUUCGUCCAGCAGAGAGAGUUGAGGAGACAGGCCGUCGCUUGGCAACCUAUGCUGAGAGUUUCAAUGUGCCAUUUGAGUAUAAUGCUAUAGCAAAAAAAUGGGAAACUAUUACAGUUGAAGACCUCAAUAUCGAUAAGGAUGAGUUCCUAGUUGUUAACUGUUUGUAUCGAGCUAAAAAUUUGCUUGAUGAGAGUGUUUCCACAGAGAGUCCUAGGAAUACUGUUCUUAGAUUGAUACACAAAAUUAAUCCUAACUUAUUCAUCCAUGGCGUUGUCAAUGGGGCAUACAAUGCUCCUUUCUUUGUUACUCGAUUUCGAGAGGCUUUGUUUCACUUUUCUGCUAUCUUUGAUAUGCUUGAAACCAUUGUACCUCGUGAGGAUUGGGAGAGAAUGCUGUUGGAGAAAGAGAUCUUUGGCAGGGAGGCUUUAAAUGUUAUAGCAUGUGAGGGAUGGGAGAGAGUGGAAAGACCAGAAACAUACAAGCAAUGGCAAUUCCGGAUCAUGAGGGCUGGAUUCGUGCAACUGCCUAUUGGUCCUGAGAUUUUCGAGAGAGCAGUUGACAAGGUGCGGUCAAGUUACCACCGAGAUUUUUUGAUUGAUGAAGAUAGUAGAUGGAUACUGCAGGGAUGGAAAGGUCGAAUUAUAUAUGCCAUCUCCGCUUGGAGACCUGCUAUAGAAUAACCACAAAGAUGGAAUUGUGUUAAUCAGGUCUGCAAGUGUCCCUUGGCUCUUAGCUAUUCAAAUCAAAUGAGAUUGCUUGAGGACCAAUGGGUCAAUUGUGGAGCUAUUUCGAAAUCGAAACCAAGUGUUGAGGAAGGCCAAUGCUCCCUGAAGAAAUUUGUUAAACGGAAUGAAAUGCUUGGCGAGCUUUCAAGGUUCAGCUGGAGAAUCAACAAGGCUAAUGCAUGUCAGGAUUCAAUGUUCAUACGAGCCCUACACCGCAGGUAGGAAUACGAAACCGAAAAUUUUUGCCUCGCUCUGUUUUAUCAUGAGAGUGUUCUUCACAGGCAGGAGAUAUGAACCUGUCUUCUUCUAUUUUCUCAAGAGUUUUGUAGUCACAAUGUUGUCUUCCACUUAAAGCUCAAUAAAGAUCUGUUUUCUCAUAGAACUACAGAAACCAUUCUUGAA